CCGGCGUGCUGCAGUCGGCCGGCCCUCUCCGCAGGGGGGCCGGGGCGCGCAGCCCGCACCUCUCCCCACUUAAAGCCCCUCCUCCCGCCGCUACCUGGCGUAUCGAACGCGGGUCCUCGCCCUUUCACGGCCUCCUCGGGUCAUUUGGUCCCCGGGGCCCCCCCGCCCUGCGUCCCCUCCCCCUUUCCCGCGCGUCCUCCCACUCUUCCCCUCCCCCGGCUCCCCCGCCUCUCAUUCAUUCCGUCUGCUCCCUCCUCUCUCUUCCUUCCCGCUCUGGCCCCUCUAUCCCUGAUCCUCCCCGCGCGGACCCCGCUGCAGUCUCGGGGUUUUUAGCACAUUCAUGGAAGUUUAGGGCCUGGACGGUGCCCCCAAGUCCGCCUUGAGAGCGCAGCCCGAGCUGCCGGCCGGGAAGAGGAAAAUGUCUGUGCUCAGGCGGAUGAUGCGGGUCUCCAAUCGCUCCCUCCUCGCCUUCAUCUUCUUCUUCUCCCUCUCCUCGUCUUGCCUCUACUUCAUCUAUGUGGCUCCGGGCAUCGCCAACACAUAUCUCUUUAUGGUACAAGCUCGAGGAAUAAUGUUGAGAGAGAAUGUAAAAACAAUAGGACAUAUGAUCAGGCUGUACACAAAUAAAAACACUACACUCAAUGGUACAGAUUAUCCUGAAGGCAAUAAUUCAAGUGAUUAUCUUGUUCAAGCAACAACGUAUCUUCCAGGAAACUUCACAUAUUCGCCAUACCUCCCCUGCCCAGAAAAGCUGCCUUACAUGCGGGGAUUCCUCAAUGUCAAUGUAAGUGAAGUCAGUUUUGAUGAAAUUCAUCACCUCUUCUCCAAGGAUUUAGAUAUUGAGCCAGGAGGUCACUGGAGGCCUAAAGACUGUAAACCCAGGUGGAAGGUGGCAGUUCUCAUUCCUUUCCGUAAUCGCCAUGAACAUCUUCCAAUUUUUUUCUUGCAUCUGAUUCCAAUGCUCCAAAAACAGCGGCUGGAAUUUGCCUUUUAUGUCAUUGAACAGACUGGCACACAGCCUUUUAACCGUGCAAUGCUCUUCAAUGUGGGCUUCAAAGAGGCCAUGAAAGACAGUGUCUGGGACUGUGUAAUCUUCCACGAUGUGGAUCAUCUACCUGAAAAUGACCGAAACUAUUACGGAUGUGGAGAAAUGCCACGUCACUUUGCAGCCAAGCUGGAUAAAUACAUGUAUAUUCUCCCUUAUAAAGAGUUUUUUGGCGGUGUAAGUGGACUGACAGUGGAACAGUUCAGAAAGAUCAAUGGUUUUCCUAAUGCCUUCUGGGGAUGGGGAGGAGAAGACGAUGACCUUUGGAAUAGGGUUCACUAUGCUGGAUAUAAUGUAACAAGACCAGAGGGGGACCUGGGAAAAUACAAGUCUAUUCCUCAUCACCAUCGAGGUGAAGUCCAGUUCUUAGGACGGUAUAAAUUACUAAGAUACUCAAAAGAGCGCCAGUACAUCGAUGGGUUGAACAAUUUAGUAUAUACGCCAAAAAUACUGGUUGAUAGGUUGUAUACAAAUAUAUCUGUAAACCUCAUGCCAGAGUUAGCUCCAAUUGAAGACUAUUAAAAGAAGUAGCUCUCAUGACAAGAUAGACCACAAUGCUGGAUCGGGAACUUGGAGUGCACUGUUAAUGGAGGUCAGUGAAUGGAUGUGUCACAGUGCCCUGGGUGGUAAGAAGAAGAGCCUGUGUUCUCAGUGUUUACUUGUGGGAUUGUAUACAGUCAGCCUUCUUCCACCCACCCAUCCUCUAUCCUGAGACACACCCCAUGGCGAGCACUGCAGAGACCAGAUGCUGUCGCUUAAGUCUGGCAGUCAAGAGAGCUCCCUACAAAGAGAAAAUUUUUAUACUAAAAUCUAUAAUUUAAUU